UUUAAUGAAGCAAUAGAGUUGAGAUCCCCUCAUAACAUUAUAUAAGGCAUGCAACUCUUCUCUUCUUUCUCAUCACUUCUGAAAAACAAAUCAAAUUAAACUCUUAGUCACCUUCUUCACCUUGUUCUUCUAGCUCGGAGCAAUUAAGAAAAGUGCAGAAUGGAAGGAAGAGAAGUGCAUCAAUGGCUGUGUGGUUUUACUUUUUUACUGCUGCUUCUUAUCACAGCAGAAGGUCUCUUCGUUAAUAUUACCAUUCUUGAGAGCGCUGUUGAGAAAGGGGCUGUAUGCUUGGAUGGAAGUCCACCGGCUUAUCAUCUAGACAGAGGUUUUGGCAAUGGCGUCAACAAUUGGUUGGUCCAAAUUGAGGGAGGAGGAUGGUGUAAUAGUAUCAGGGAUUGCAAUAGCAGAAAGAAAACGCAUUUGGGAUCCUCCAAACUAAUGGAAACACCUCUUGCUUUCAGUGGGAUUAUGAGCAAUGAUUAUUCACUUAAUCCAUAUUUCUACAAUUGGAAUAAGGUCAAGGUCAGAUACUGUGAUGGUGCAUCAUUCACCGGUGAUGUGGAAGCUGUCGAUCCUGUCAACAAUCUCCACUUCAGAGGUGCAAGGAUUUUCCAGGCAGUAAUGGAGGAUUUACUGGCAAAGGGGAUGAAGAAUGCUAGAAAUGCAAUUUUAUCUGGGUGUUCAGCUGGAGGAUUAACUUCUAUCCUGCAUUGUGACAAGUUUAAAGCAUUUCUACCGUAUGCUGGCAGAGUAAAAUGUUUGUCAGAUGCUGGAUUCUUCAUAGAUGUGAAGACCAUUACUGGUGAACCAAUCAUUCAACAGUUCUACAAUGAUGUUGUUACCUUACAUGGCUCUGCUAAAAAUCUGCAUCGAACAUGUAUGUCAAAGAUGAAUCCGGGUCUAUGCUUCUUCCCCCAGAACACAGCUUCAUAUAUCCAAACACCAUUGUUCCUAAUCAACUCAGCCUAUGACUAUUGGCAGGUGAGGGUCAGCUUGAUUCCUAACCAUGUUGAUCCCAAUGGAGAGUGGACGAAUUGCAAGACUAAUUUAGCUGAAUGCCAACCUCAACAGCUCAAUGCUAUACAAGGUUUUAGAUCCGAGUUAGUAAGAGCACUGAACGAACUAGGACCAUCUUCAGCAAGAGGAUACUAUAUCAACUCCUGUUAUUUGCACUGCCACACUGAAUUGCAGAACUUGUGGCACAGCCCCAACUCUCCUAGGUUGUUCAAUAAGACAAUUGCAGAAGCGGCUGGAGAAUGGUUUUUUGACAGAAGUGACUUUCAGAAGAUAGAUUGCCCUUACCCAUGUAACAAAAGUUGCUUCCAGUCCAGUUCUUGAUCCAGAUCUCCAUGGUUGUAUACAAAACGCAAGGAACUCUAGAAUCUGGUAGACAGAAAAUUAAAUUGUUGUAGCAAUUAGCUAAUUACGACAGGAAACAAUGAAAUUUUGGGGGGGAAAGAAGAUGGUUAGGGAGGAAAGGCCAAAGUUUAUGUUCACAUAUGCAUAAUGCUUUUGUACUAUGUAAAUCAAAAGUUCAAAACUUGUAAUACUUUUCUUAUCAUGCUGUAAAAUGUUUCAGCUAAUUGCAACUUUGCAAGAGAUCU